ACAUUGCACUGGAUUGGCUGAGGCGGGAGAAGAAGCAGGCCGAGGACUGGUUUGUGGUGUGAGAGCUGCACGACUUCCCCUUGGAAAGUUUACCACUUUUUUAAAUGACUCUUUGACCGACAGAGAGGCUGCAAAAUGCUGCUUCACCUCACACAUUUGGAUUAUUCCUCGCCUGGGUUUGGAGUGAACUGGCUUCACAGUUAAAGAACCUGGAAAUCCUGCAGCAGCGACACAAGACAACAACAACAAGAAGAAAACUCUGGGCGUGUCUUAUCCGGAGGUUUUACAAAUAUAAAACUUUUAAAUGCGGGUUUGAACUUUUUCGUUUUGUCUGUCUGAAGUGAAAGGACAGAAAGAGAAAGUUGGCUGAAACCUCAGCGCCACCAUGCAGGGGAACGGUGGAGUGUACGCGGUGAAGAGGAGGAGGAAGCCCGUUCAGAAAAAUCUGAAGCCUCCGCCGGUGAAGACCAAUCCGUCCAAACGCCACCGGGACCGUCUGAAUAUAGAGCUGGACCGUCUGACCAGCCUGCUGCCUUUCUCUGAGGAGGUCAGAGGUCGCCUGGACAAGCUGUCGGUGCUCCGGCUCAGUGUGGGAUACCUCAAGGUUCAGAGUUACUUCCACGCGGCGCUCCAAAAAAAUGCGAGGUCAGCUCCUGUUGUCUCUGCAAACAGCAGAAAUGGACAGACCGUGUCCCUGGAUGGAGUCAGUUUCUCAGAGGGAGAACUUCUGCUGCAGGCUCUGCACGGGUUUGUGUUGGUUGUGACGACCGACGGCACGAUCUUCUACACGUCCCCAACCAUCCAGGACUUCCUGGGCUUCCAUCAGUCGGAUGUCGUCCACCAGAGCCUGUUUGAUCUCGUUCACAUGGACGACAGAGAGAUGUUCAAAUGUCAGCUCCACUUCGCGCUCAACCCCAGUGAGACCGGCACACACGUCAGAGCAAAGGAUGGGCAGUCUGGCAGUAAAUCUCUGGGCAGCUCUCAGAGCCUCUUGCCUCAGUACAUCCCUCCAGAGAACUCCUCUUUCCUGGAAAGAAGCUUCUGUUGUCGCCUUCGCUGCCUCCUGGACAACACCUCUGGAUUCCUGGCUCUGAACUUCAAUGGGCGUCUGAAGUACCUGCAUUUACAGGGAAACGCCGGGGCUGAUGGGACCUUGGCUCCUCCUCCUCAGCUUGCUCUGUUCGCCAUCGCCACGCCUGUGCAGACUCCUUCAGUCAUGGAGAUCCGCACCAAGACCCUCAUCUUCCAGACCAAACACAGAAUGGACUUUGCUCCUUUGGGCAUAGACACCAGAGGGAAGCUGGUUUUGGGUUAUACAGAGGUGGAGCUGGUCACAACAGGGUCUGGUUAUCAGUUCAUCCACGCUGCUGACAUGAUGUACUGCGCCGACAACCACCUCAGGAUGAUUAAAACCGGAGACAGCGGUUUCACCAUCUUCAGGCUGCUGACUAAAACAGGUCACUGGUUGUGGGUACAGGCCUCGGCCAGGAUAGUCUUCAAGGGAGGGAGACCGGACUUCAUCAUCGCUCGUCAGAAAGCCCUCACAAAUGAAGAAGGAGAGGAACAUUUGCGGCAGAGAAGACAGCAGCUCCCCUUCAACCUCGCCACCGGUGAAGGUGUCCUGUACGACGUCUCUCUGGAUGUCUUCUCCUUUCCUGGUCCUCCUGUCCCCGACGCUGAGCCCACAACAGAGAAACCUCUGGACCCUGCCUCGCUCCUGGGAUCCCUUCGCCGGCAGGACCACUCUGUUUACACCCAGCCAGAGAAGCCCAGUCCCCAGCUCCCAAUCUUCUCCCAAACAGAGGACACUGUUUGUGAACAGCCCCAGCCGACCUUGGAACAAGCCUUCCUGGACAGCCACGCUCUGCUCAGUGUGCCGGGUCAGAUCCAGACUUUACAGAAGGGCUCUAUCACAGCGGACCUCACAUCAGAAGCCAUGAUUGAGUCUUUGGAGCAGAUUUUGGGAGCUAUAGGGAAUGGAGUGAUAGAGGGUCUUGAGGUGGAGGAGACGGAGCUGAGGGACUGGGAAAACACUCUGGUCAGGAUGAAUAAAGAGAGGGAAGACACGGCGAGGGAACUGAAUUGCACCCUGGCUAAUGAUGUGUUCUCAUAUGUGGAGGAGGCUCUGAGGAGAGAGACCAGUGGUUUUGUGGUUCAGGGCUCAGAUCAGACUGGGUGUCGUGUUUCUGGGAUGAUUCAAGGUGAGCAUCCUGGGUUUUCAAAUAGUGAGCCACAGUGGCAGCCGAUGAAAUCAAACCGGAGUGGAUUUGGAGAACAGGCUCAGUUGGGAAAUAUUCUUGGUGAUGUUGGUAAUUCGACCGGACUGAAAGGUGCCGCUGAAGUUGUUUCUCACAGGACGACGAGCACCCUAACACCCACGCAGUGUCGCAACACUCACCAGGGCAGCAGCAAUCACCACUGUGGCAAUGAGAUUUCAACACAAUCCUGCGUGACACAUCAGUCUUGGCUUCCAUCGACACACAACGCCGACAAUAUUCAGAGCAGCCAUCAAUCUGGCUUGGAGGUGAUGGACCAGAGUGUGCAAUAUUCUCUAAACCACGCUGGUUCACAGCAGACUUGCGUGGGGCCACUGCCUCGGGGCCCUUCAGUGUGGCAACAGCAACAACUACAACAACAGCAGCAGCUGCCGCAAAGUUUUCACCAUCACACACUUUCACAUUCCUCACACACGCCAGUCAGCGUGAACUCGACAGCUCAGUCGUUCCACCCGCAAACACAGAGAUUACCUGGCAGCUGCAUUUAUGAAAACAGAGAAGGUCACAUACCGAACGCUGCUCUUGUUCCUGCCAGACGGAAUAGGCCUCUCCUGGGGCCCACAUGCUCCAGAGGGCCUGCACAUGUUGCAGGGGCCACCACAAAUGCCCCACCCUUUACCCUGUCCCAUCCAGGCAUCAACCAGACGAUGAUGUCCAGCCCCAGCACUCACAUGGCUGCCUGCCCAGGGGUGGGCAGCGUCAGUUUGGGUCAUCUGAGAGGAAACGAUAUCGACGUGGGAACAUUUCAACCAGAGUAUCCUGCUGAAAACUCGUCGUUACAGUCUUCAUUCUUCUGUUGGAACGGUGACGCUCAGAUUCCCAAAAUUCCCCUGAACGGCGUCGUCGACUCGUUCGCCUUCCCGGCCCUUCCUACUGGGAGCAUCAACCUUUCCCAAAACACGGGGCCAUAGUAACCUCUGUGCUGCACUCUGACUGGACUGAUAGAUAUGCAUGAGUGUGAAGUCAUCAGUGACUCCGAAAGCACCUCUGAGAUUAUUCCUACAGACAAAGCAAGAGGUGAUUAUUGUUUUACCAAUGUUGUGUCUCACAGAGAAAUAUGGACCGUCUCAUUUCAAACUAAAAAACCUCUCAGUUUUCUUUUUUUUUUGACUCAUCAAAUAUUUAUCAAACAACUUUAUUUAAUAAUUAUCUUUUACAUGUAUUCAGUAUGUGGCAAGUAACCGACAGCUGAAGUGUCCUGUCAGCGGAGAGGAAGCAGGAAACAGCAGGGUUUAAUACAAGAGGACCUUUCUGUAGAGAACAGAAGAAAUCUGGACUACAGCCUUUUCUCUGUCACCUCAGUUUAACUCGUCCUACUGCACAUCACAAACAAUAUCUUAUAUCUGCUUCUUGUGAAUAUCCAUGUAUAUCCAGUUUUAUAUGCUGUAUUUUUUUCUUUUUAUGAGUGUGGUUCUUUGAGUGAAGUCAUAACAUCACGUCCGUCAAUUCAGAAUUUCUUUCAUUUGUCCUUCUGAAGAAAUGAAUCAUGUUCCUGGAGUUUGGCUUUUCACAGUAUAAAUCUAAUCAGCUCCACAACAACAGAAAUGUCAAACAG